CAAACUGCAAAGCUCCAUUAAAGAACGAGAAGGGAAAGAAGAUCACGAAACCUCCGCUACUCUCUCUCUCUCAUGAUCCUAAUAAGCUGAGCUGACUAGCCUACUUCAGCUCGUACGGCUUUCUUGGGUCUUUAUUGGGGAUAAGCUUCAUCUUUGCCAUGGCCAGUAAUGGCGCUUCCGCGCAGGAGCAGUCGCAGGAGAGAGCUGCAGAUGUUGAUUGGAACUUGGAGAAGAUCAAACGGCGGUUGACCUCUACUUCCGACAAGACCUUGCUCCAGGGUCCCCUUCUCAAGCGAUCCUACACAUUAAAGAAGUGGAAUGAGCGUUGGGUGAUCCUUGAUCCUAUCACUGGGAGAAUGGAAUACAAGGUCAGGAGAAAUGAACCAUCAGCUAGAGGAAUCAUUGAGUUCGAUGACAGUAGCACCAUCACUCUAUCACCGGUGAACUUUCAUGGGUUGCCAAAGUAUGAUGGCUGCUGCUUCUAUAUUGGAACCCCGUCAAGGAAAGAUUACCUUUUUGUCGCUGAAACUCCUGGUGCCGCGAGAGCUUGGGUAUCGACUCUGCAGGCAACGCAGUUGGUUCUAAGAGCACAUAAAGAAGCUGUCAAUGCCUUAAGCGGGGAUGGUUCUUCAAAGUUUGGAACACUAGCAGCAGCAAUUUCUGCUGCUAAUUCAACUGCAUUGGAAUGUUCCAAGGAAAUUGAAGCAGCAAUGCAGAUUUCCAUGAGAAAUGCCCUUGGGGUGACAACAAAUACAAUUAUUGAGGGUCCUCUGGAUGAUUUCACAAUUAUGAAGGAGACGCUGCGAGUAAAGGAUGAGGAACUGCAGAAUUUGGCUCAUGAUAUUCGAGCACGGGAUUCAACUAUAAAAGAUCUAGCAGGGAAGUUGUCAGAUACUGCUGAAGCUGCAGAGUCAGCAGCAUCUGCUGUCCGUACAAUAGAUCAACAACGGAAAAUGACUCUCUCAGAAAUUGGAAGGUUGACCCAAGUGUAUGAGGAGCAGUUGGACUCACUCAAGCUAAAGCUUAAAGAGUCGGAAGAGAUGGCCUUGGCCCUUGAUAGAGAAAGGGAGGAACUGAUUAAGCAGAGAGACGCUGCCCUUCAGGAGGCAGAGUUAUUGCUAUCUGAACUUGCAAAAGCUAGAGAGCAUGCUAGUGCCCUCGAAGCAGCUCUUCUCAAGGAGAAUGAGAAAGCACGAGUUGCAGAGGCAGAGACCCGGGCUAGAGAGAAGGAAGCAGAACAGAAAGAGUCGGAAUCUGUGAAGGACAAGCAAGAGUUUCUGGCUUAUGUGAAUGGACUUCAAGCGGAGCUGCAAAGAGUGCGGAUCGAUCAAGACGGAGAACGGAUUGAUCAAGAUGGAGCAUCGGAGGAGAAGAUGGAGUCUUGCUCUCAAAAUCAUGAUAGUCUGACAAAGCAUGUCAACUCAUCUGAGGAAAGCGGGGAUAUGGCAUGUGUUAGCGUCUCUAAAACAUCAACUAUUUCCGAAGAGAGUGUGGUCCACCGACCAGUUGAUAGAAUUGAUUUUAGGUCAGUUGGAGAAGGAAGAACAGCCGAUCAAAGAGAUAUAGAUAUCAAUGCCGACAAGGGAGGAUGCGGCAUGGACAGUCCUGCUGUCAGCCAAAAUGCUAAUGACGACGACGACGACGACGAGGAGCAUAGAGUUCAAUUUACGAGCCUGAAAGAUUUGAAUGCCGAUAACCAAUGAAUCUCAUGUGUAAAAAAAUGUGUCCUCUCAUAAUAUUUCUAGAUAAUAUAUAUAUAUAUAUAUAUAUGUAAAUAAAGUCGCAACAGAAUUUUCAGACAAUUCCACAUGUAUACACAAGUCCACUGCUUCAAUGCUACUUGGCAUCAUUCAACAAGUCAA